CUUCACUUUCCUCACUGCAAUUCGCUCCCUCUAUACAACUCUUUAAAAUUUUCUUCACUCAAUCCGUUCCCUUUAAACUUCAUUACUAGUAGACUAAAGUUUAAGCGUAGCAUCAUUGCAUAAUUUUCUGUGUAGAAUGCAGCAGAAAAUUAUAGUCAGUGUUGAUUUUCACGAUGAUAGAUGCAGACAAAAAGCCAUGAAUUCUGUUACUGGUCUUCUAGGGAUUAAUUCAAUAUCAAUGGACAUCGAGAAAAAACAAUUGACAAUAAUCGGAGACUUUGAUGCGGUAGAUAUCAUAAAGAAACUAAGGAAAAAAGACUAUCACGCAAACAUGGUUUUUCUUGGGCCCGCAGAAGAACCAAAGAAGAAGCCAGAAGAAACGGUGAAACCAGAACCUGUGAAACCAGAACCUGCCAAACCAGUAGUUAUUGAUCGUUUCAUACCAUAUGUAUAUUAUAACCCUCCUGCAUACUACUAUGUUCAUAGUUAUGAUGAAAAUCCCAGUUCCUGUGUAAUUAGCUAGAUUACUUCUCAGGAGAACUCAAAAGAAGAAAUCAUAAAACCUUAAUAGAUAAGUGUUGUCAUGCACUCAACAAAUAUACGUUAAACUUAAGGAAGUGCACCCAAUUU